AUGUUAGCACAUAGCCAUUAUGAGUCAAUGUUCAGUAGCACUGCACUUACUUGUACGUCGUAGAUCAUCGUAGAUCUGUUAUGUGCCGGUUGGUAUGUAACGUGCGUUGUAUAUGCGGAGGAAUUACUUCUGUAGGAUUCUAUGUUGCCUUGACGAGUAGCUCACUCUCUCGUGUGGAUCCUUCCUGACUGUCUGGCAUCGUAGACAUCCUGGUCAUCUCCAGUACCCAGCCAUCUUCUGGACUCCUGCAUACUCUGCGGUUUAUCUGUGUGUGUUGGCCACAUAAGCGCUAGUGUUUACAACAUCUUGUCACCUUCUUCAUCACACGGAAGCACUCACGUCUUCCAGGGCGUCCACAACACUAAUGUCACCAACUUGAUCAGCGUCAAGGACACAGCCUCUCUGCCACCUUGCUGGGGUAUACCACAAUAUCCAUAAUAGGUUAUGAGCCUCGUGUGUGUGAUCUUCAGAUUCUACUCUCUCCGCGUGGGAGCUCCAACAGUUGAGUUCAACCUCAUCUUCGAUCAGAUGGAUGUUUCUACCGCUUUCCUCUACGCGGACAUCCAAGAAGAAGUAUUCGUGGAACAACCACCCGGUUUCGAGGUCAAGGACAAGGAGGAUGGAGGUGACAUGGUAAUGAAGCUGAAUAAGAGUCUCUACGGACUUGCUCAAAGCCCAGGCAACUGGUUCAACACCAUCGAUCCCGUGAUCGUCGAGAUUGGAUUCGUCGCACUCAAGUCAGACCCGUGCGUGUAUUUGUACGAUCACAACGGGGCCAAGAUCUACCUGACUCUCUACGUCGAUGACCUUCUCCUGGCCGGCAACGACUCUGACGCCAUUUCGAUGGUGAAAGGGAAGUUGCAAAAGCGCUUCAAAAUGACCGACCUGGGGGAAGCAUCUCUUGUCCUCGGGAUGGAAAUUAGGAGGGAUCGCGAGGCAAAUACCUUGACCAUUUCCCAGGAAGCGUACUGCAAAUCAAUCCUUGAACGGUUUGGGAUGUCGGGCUCCAAGCCGACCAGUACACCUGGGUACGGCUCCGAAAUCUCAAAUAUCCAACCAGAAGACACACUUCUCGACGAGAAAGAGACCCGCAAGUACCAAGGGAUCGUGGGAUCACUCAUGUACAUUGCGCAAGUGUUGAGAUACGACAUCAUGUACGCGACAGGUCAGCUGGCUCGCCCGAUGGCGAAACCCAGCAAGGUUCACAUGGUGGCGGCAAAGCACACCCUUCGUUACUUGGCUGGAACGAUCGAUUUCAGCAUCACUUACAAGAAAGGUGGUUUCAAGCUCGCGACUUUCUCGGACUCCAACUGGGCGAACAACCCUGACAACGGGAAGUCCACCUCGAGCUACCUGACGAUGCUGGCGAACGCUCCCAUGAGCUUCAGGUCAGGGCUGCAAGGUCUGACAGCAAUGUCCACCAUGGAAGCAGAGCUGGUCGCGUCGGCGCUGGCGAUGAAGGAAGCAGUGUUUUGCUCCAACAUGAUGACGGAGCUUGGAUUUGGGAAAGAAUUUGCACAACUGCCCGUGUACUGCGAUAACACGGCUACUCUACAUGCAUUGGGGAACCGGUCCUUCAGCUCGAGGACCAAACACAUCGCGUUGCGGUUCUUCUUUAUUCGAGAACUGGUGACGGAGGGGAAGAUCUCCAUCCAUUACUUCCCGACGGAGGACAACCUCGCCGACAUCGGUACCAAGCAUUUCAACAAACACAGGUUCGAACACCUAAUGGACCUCAUCAACAACUUCGACGUCAACGAGUUCACCGCCGUCGAAUAUAAAGGAAAAUGA